CACCACCACCCGGCUGAAUACACAAAAAUUAAAAACAGACGCUGCCCCCCCCCCCCCCAGGGCUGGAGAGAUGGGCUCAAAGGUUAACAGCAGUGGCUGCUCUAGGUCCUGAGUUCAAUUCUCAUCAACCACAAGGUGGCUCACAACCUCUUCUGGCAUGCUGGUAGAACAGUAUACAUAAUAAAUAAAUCUUUAAAACAAAACCACAAAUAUUUACUAGCUGUAGUGUGCCACUCCCUCACAAUUGUGGAAUUCCCUAGUCUGGUGAUCACAUUGUAUUUUAUUGAGUUUCUGACUUCGUCACUUCUACCAAAUGUGAGCCACUGAAAGACAGCCUUAAACUUGGAUUUUGAACUGAGUAAAUAAGUCUGAAUUAUUUUGGCUUGUAUCAUGCCCCAUGUCCUGAUCCCAAGGGCUUGGAGAUGUCACCAGGCCUAUCAGUAUUUAUUAAUUCUUCAAGACCCUAGAGUUCUGCUAAGUUUCUCUAGGGUACCUGAAAAAAGGAGGCAGCUGAAGUUUGUCACUGGGCCUGGUAACCUGAGCUACAAGUCUCAGGUAACAACAGCCUCAGCAUCAAUAAUUGAAAUCAGGUCCAGUCUCUUUCUUCAGGGUUAUUCCUCUCAAGGACUUCCCAUUCCGGUACUCUGGUCUUUUCUAGGAGCCUUCAGCCCAGCCUCCCUCUAUCCUAGGACUCAGGUAGGAACAAUGUCCCCUGCCAUUGCACUGGCAUUCCUGCCACUCGUGGUGACACUGCUGGUGAGAUACCGACACCAUUUCCGACUGCUGGUGCGUACAGUCCUGCUAAGAAGCUUCAGGGACUGCCUGUCAGGACUUCGAACUGAGGAGCGGGCCUUCAGCUACGUGCUCACCCAUGCUCUGCCUGGAGACCCUGGUCACAUCCUCACCACUCUAGACCACUGGAGCAGCUGCUGCGAGUACCUGAGUCACAUGGGCCCUGUGAAAGGUCAGAUUCUGAUGCGGCUGGUGGAAGAGAAGGCCCCUGCUUGUGUGCUGGAGCUGGGCACCUACUGCGGAUACUCUACACUGUUUAUUGCGCGGGCUUUGCCCCCUGGGAGUCGCCUUCUCACUGUGGAGCGGGACCCUCGUACAGCAGCAGUGGCUGAAAAGCUCAUCCGGCUGGCUGGCUUCGAUGAGCAAAUGGUGGAGCUCAUUGCGGGCAGCUCAGAGGAAGUGAUCCCACGCCUGAGAGCUCAGUACCAGCUCAGUCAGGCAGAUCUGGUGUUACUGGCACAUCGACCUCGAUAUUAUCUACGGGAUCUGCAACUACUGGAAGCCCAUGCUCUACUCCCAAGUGGUGCCACUGUAUUGGCUGACCAUGUGCUUUUUCCUGGUGCACCCCGCUUCCUACAAUACACAAAGAGCUGUGGCCGCUAUCGCUGUCGCCUCCACCACACCAGCCUCCCAGACUUCCCUGCCAUCAAGGAUGGCAUAGCCCAGCUCACCUAUGCUGGACCUGGCUGAGAUCCAGGACCUGGGAUAUUUACUGAUACAACCCCAACCCCACUCAAGCAAGGACCUCAGAAUUUCCCCUUUCCCUUUCUGUUUAGUGUCCAACAUAUGCUAGGUUCAGGCUGGGGAAGCUUUCUUCUCAACUCUGCCUGCCCGCAACCUCCAUAUCAAUCCAAAGUGUCAAAUUCUAUCAGUCUUCUUGGUCCCACAAGAUCCUCUCCUAGAAAACUGGAGAAUGGAAGCAGGAGUCCUGAGCCCUUGUUCUGUUAUCGAUUGCUCCCCCCAGGUGAGUCCUUCCUUCUUGAGAUUGCUUAUUCUCUUAAUACUAAGGGCUGGAAAGAUGGCUCAGCAGUUAAGAGCAUGGCUGCUGCUCCUUAUCUAGAGGACUCAGGUUCAAUUUCCAGCACUCACAUGGCACAGGCACACAUGUGAUAUACAUACACACAUACAUACAAAAAAUCUCUAAGCAUAAAUAAAUUACAACAAAAAGACAGCUGGUUGGCAGAGGCCCCAGAGCCUCCCAGCUGUGGGACUCAGACAGCUUCUGGAUGGAAUCAGAGGCAGCUGCAGACAAUGAGGCCCUGUAGAGUAUCCAGGUGCAAGCUAGGCCACAAGAAUUAUCAAUCACAGAAGCCUGGCCUCUGAUCCUGGCCCACUUAGUCCAUUAGGUUUGCCUGAGAUCCCUUAAAUGACCCCUUCCCACUGUCCAAGAAAAGAUAACUGGACUCCUCUGGGUCCCACCAACAAACAGGGAAUAGACAUUGGGGAAAAGAAUCAGUCCUGUGUCUUUAUUAAAGAGGGUUAGAAAGAGACCACACCUGGCAACCAAGGAAUGAGGUACCAGCCAGGAAGGUGGGAUGGGCUCAGGCUCUCGGGAUUCAAGGGAAGACUGGGAGGGCCCAAGGAGACCUUGCCCUGGAAGCAGCAGAGACAGUGCCUAAGGGUAAGCUUUAGACACUACAAUCACAGCUGGUUCUGCAGGCUGAGGGGCUGAGGCUGUGGAUGUAAUAUAGGUUGGGGUGGCCUGGAAUCACCCUGAGGCCACCUUGGCUUGUCUACCUAGAUCAUCCACUGGUCCUGAUCCUGUUCGUUGCCUUCCAUGUCCACCUGAAGAGGAGGCUGGGUGUGGGUGGGGAGGGGCCUCAGCCAGCCUCAGCCCAGAUCCUGCCCCUGGGUAGAGCCAGGGUUUCUGCAUCCCUCGGCCAUCAGUUAGAUCAGGGGCAGGAGCCUAGGAACAAAGGCACUCCCUACACCCCGCCUACCUCGUUGACCUCUCCAUCAUCAGGGGACUCAUUAUAGUCAUUCAUCUCAUCCAUGUCCUGCAUGUCCUCAUCAUCUUCUGAAUCCUCCUCGCUGUCCUCGUCAUCUUCAUCGUCCUCUUCCUCUUCAUCAUCGUAGUGCUGGUGGGGCCAGAGAGAGUCUGGAGGUCUCAGGGCUACCUGGGCCAGGUCAAGAGCUGGCCUACUUUCCAACCCUGCCCACCUUGAGUAUGGGAGGGGCUGCAUGACAUGAAGGACCUAAUGCUAGGCCUAAUGCCUACCCCCUCAAAUUCCCACUUUUGCUGUCUACCCUUAUUAAGAACAAGUGUUCUAAGUCAGAAGCAAGGCCAUUAAAUCAAAAUGAAGCCCUGGUCUACUGGGCUCCACAUCGUCCCUGUCCGCUGGGGCCACUCACCUCUGAGGCUGGCUUGCCAAUAGGUACCAGGUUGUUGUCUUUCUCUGCAAUGCUUUGGAGCUGUGGGCAAAGGAGUUUGGGGAAAAGUAGGGCCAAGGCCCAAGCAGAGCAGGUCAAGGGCAUGGGACUGGCUUACUCUAUCCCUUCCAAGAUCCCCAAAUGUUGAAACAAAGCUUCUUCCCCCCCAGUUCUCAGGAAGAUUCGACCCCCUUUCUCCUGUCAUCUGCUCUUUAUAAAAUUGUAUGUGAAGUCUUUUGGCCUCGGGUUUCUCAUAUAAUUCUGGAGAGAGUGAAGUGAGAC